UCCGAAAGGAGAAUGACCUGAUACAACAAAAAAAAAAUAAAAAAUUGUGAACUUGAACUUAAACUUGCUAAUUUACGAUAAUAAGGAAGAACUUUCUGAGUCACAAACGUGUUUUUUUAGUGAAAAAAUGUUUAGAAUUUUUUUCUUUUUAUUAUUUUGUGGAUUUUCGAAAGCAAAUUUAUCGAGACCUCAUAUAAUUUUCAUCCUCGCCGACGAUUUGGGAUUCAAUGAUGUCUCAUUUCACGGAUCUUCGCAAAUUCCGACGCCAAACAUUGACGCCUUGGCUUAUUCCGGGAUCAUUUUGAACCGUUAUUACGUGACGCCGCUUUGUACCCCGUCGCGAGCUGCUCUCAUGACGGGCAAAUAUCCCAUUCAUACGGGUAUGCAACAUAAUGUCAUCUAUGGCAUGGAGCCUCGGGGACUUCCGUUGAACGAAACCAUCCUUCCGCAACAUCUCAAUCGACUCGGAUACAAAAGUCACAUCGUUGGAAAGUGGCAUUUGGGACAUUUUAAGCGAGUUUAUACGCCGCUCUAUCGCGGAUUUGACUCUCACGUCGGCUGUUGGACCGGACAUCAGGAUUACAAUGAUCACACGGCGGAAGAAUCGGGCGUUUGGGGUCUCGAUAUGCGACGCGGACUGGAUAUUGAACGAGAUUUGCACGGAAAAUACACGACAGAUGUGAUUACGGAAGAAGCUACGAAGAUAAUUAAGAGUCAUAAUGCGAGUAAACCACUUUUCUUGUAUUUACCUCAUGUAGCGGUGCAUUCGGCAAAUCCGUAUAAUCCACUGCCGGCUCCCGAUGACGUCGUUGCUGAGAUGAGUCACAUUCAGGAUUACAAAAGAAGACGAUUUGCAGCUGUUCUUACCAAACUCGAUCGUUCCGUGGGAGAAGUCGUCAAAGCCUUACAUGCCUCAAAAAUGCUCAACAACUCAAUUAUCAUCUUCAGCACAGACAACGGAGGUCCCGCUGCGGGUUUCAACAUCAACGCCGCCUCAAAUUGGCCUUUACGAGGCGUCAAAAACACUUUAUGGGAAGGCGGCGUACGUGGCGCAGGAUUAAUUUGGUCUCCCUUACUCAAAAAUCGUGAACGUGUCUCGCAUCAAUUGAUUCACAUCGUUGAUUGGCUUCCAACGCUCUACAGUGCUGCAGGGGGAGACGUCAGUGCCUUAAAAGACAUCGACGGAUUAAAUUUAUGGCCUGCUCUAUCGGAAAAUCUCACAUCGCCCCGAACUGAAGCCUUGAUAAACAUCGAUGACAUCUGGAACAGCCAUGGAAUUGUCGUGAACGAUCACAAACUCGUAUUGGGAACAAAUUAUAACGGCGCUUGGGACAGUUGGUAUGGCCCGGAAGGCGAUCGGAAGCCAAAAAGUUAUAAAAUUAACCAAGUGAGAAAUAGUGAAGCAGGAAUCGCGUUAAAAAUGUUGAAUUUAUUACCAAAUAACGACAAGAUAAAAAUCUUGCGAAAAAAUGCAACUAUUGAAUGCCCAUCGAACAUCAAACAUGUCGAAUGUAACCCUCUGGAGGGUCCUUGCCUGUUCAACGUCGCUAUGGAUCCCUGUGAACGUCAAAAUCUCGCAAAACAAUUUCCAUCAAUUUUGAGCUCAAUUCUCGCUCGUCUCAACUUUUACAACUCAACUGCCAUUCCGCCAAACAAUGCCCAAUCCGAUCCUCGUGGCAAUCCAAAGUUAUGGGAUUAUACGUGGACCAAUUUCGACGAUUAUCAUCUCAUUGAGAUGGAAAAUAAUGGAAUUAUGGAUAAAGUUCAUACCGUCAUCGAGACAUCUUGACUCCAAUA